CUCACUAAAGCUGAAAACUCUGUAAUCAUUAGAGAAAAGUCCGUCCCUUCUCCUUGUUUCAGCCCCUGAAGCAAAGUCCAGAAGAAGCAGCAAAGAUUGGUUCCCCCGACCCACCAGGGGCUCCAGGUCCAGGAAGGACGGUGUAACAGCACAGGCUGCGUAAGCCCCUGAAGCAAAGUCCUGGGGAGUUUCCCCCCGCAGUUGAUUUUGUUCCAGCAGCAAAGAUUGCCCCCCCCGGCCCACCAGGCCCGCCAGGACCAGGAAGGACGGUGCAUCAGCACAGGCUGUGUAAGAUGACAUCUUUCAAAUCUCUCAUGGAGUCCAUGGAGUCUCUCUCUGCACUCAUGAAGGAUGUGGAUAUAGAGUUAGACCCAAAGGCAUUGUUCAAUGCAGCUAUACAAGUAUAUGAGAAAUUCAUGCAUCUCUUCAAAGAUGGAAGCCCUGAGGUAGCUGCUUUGAAAGCUCAGGAGGCGCUGGAGUCAUUUGAAAAUACGAUGCUCAACAUUGCUGUUACAGGAGAGACGGGUGCAGGGAAAUCAUCCUUCAUCAAUGCCAUCCGGGGACUGGAGACUGAGGACAAAAGGGCUGCCCCAACUGGUGUGACAGAAAUGACAACAAAGCCAACUGCUUAUCCGCAUCCUACCUACCCUAACGUGACCCUGUGGGAUUUGCCAGGGAUUGGGGCAAUGGCUUUUCGGCCGGAAAGGUACCUCCAACAGGUGAAAUUCAGUCGCUAUGACUUCUUUAUCAUCAUCGCCUCAGAGCGGUUCCGUUCCAGCCAUGCCGCCCUGGCCCGGGAGAUCCAAAAAAUGGAGAAGAAGUUCUAUUUUGUGCGCUGCAAAGUGGAUGAAGAUUUGGCCAAUGAAAGAAGGGCUCACCCCAAAAUUUACAGUCAGGACAGUGUCUUACAGAGGAUCAGGGAGAACUCCGAGAAACAUCUGAGACACCAAGGGGCGUCCAACCCACAGGUCUUUCUUCUCUCCAACUGGGAGUUCGACCAGUAUGAUUUUCGCCUACUGGUGGAUACGCUGGAGAAGGACCUCCCCAGUCUACAGAGACUUGUGUUUCUGCUCAGCUUGCCCAACCUCUCUCCUAAAAUCAUAGAGAAGAAGAAAGCUGCCCUGAAGAAGCAUUUAUGGAAAAUAUCCCUGGUGUCAGCUUGUAUCAAAGCUGUUCCCCUUGAGAGAGUCUCUCUCGCGUGUGACAUUGGAAUCCUGCUGGUCUCCAUGAUCGCCUUCUACAAGCGAUUUGGCCUUGAUGAUGACUCCCUGGCUAAGCUUGCCAGGCAGGCUGCAAAGCCCGUCACAGAGCUCAAGGCUGUUAUCCUAUCGCCGCAGGUGGAAGAACUCACCAGGGACGUCUUACUGAAGAAAUAUGUCAGUGUUGGGUGCGGCAUCGCCAGGUUAUUUGAACGUCACUUUAAGCUGGUAUCAGUGUUUAGCACCGUAGCUGUAGCAGCGUUGUCUUUCACUACCACAUAUUCCAUACUGUCAAGCUUCCUGGAUAAAGUUGCCGAAGAUGCAAAGAGAAUUCGCAAGAAAGCCCUGGAAUAAGAAGGGACAACUUCAAGAUAACCGCAACAUAAUCCACAGACCUGUCACUGUAGGGAAGGCAGAUACCCUGAGGGUGUCUAUUGUAUAGAUAAAGAGACAGAAGGCAGGAUUUUCCUUUUUUGUGUGUUUUAUAUGGCAAACAAAGAGGAAAAUCCUGACUCUGCUUUCUGGAGGGCUCUGUUGGGCUUUAUAUUUGAUCCAAAAUUAUUGUCGUAUACUGGAAAAUCAACAAAAUUGAAGUGAAACUGCUAGCUCUGACAACAUGUGAGACUUAAUGGAAAGAGAGCCCGAACAAAGCGGACCGUGGACGAAAUCUGUGGAAUGGUUUGGCCUCUUAUGGUAUUGUUUGGCCUGUUCUCCUCAUUCUCCCAGCUGGGAGCUCAGUUAAGGCUACAUGUGAGUUGCUGAAUUGCUUGAGCAAGAGGACAUGACUAACUAACUAAUGGUGGUGUGAAAAAGCCAGACCCCGGAGUAAUGUAGUUAAUCUGACAUAAGCCCUGGUAUAGACAAUGUGGAAGCAGAGAACAGCAUUAGGUUGAUGGAAGGAUUCUUGUCUCUACAGCUGUGCUACGGUAGCAGUGUAAGUGUAGACAUAGCCUAAAUGUGACCUUGGGCAGGUCACUUAAUUUCUCUGUGCCUCGGUUUACCCAUUGCAAAAUGUGGAGAAGAAUCCUUCCUUUGUGUUGUCUAUUUAGCCUGUAAACUGUUAGAGACAGAGACUGUCUCUUGCUAAUUUUGUCCAGUACCCUGGGCACUGGGGCCCAUGAUCUUGGUUGGGGCCUCUAUGAGCUUCUGUAAUAAAGAUGAUGAUAAUUACAUUAAAAAAAACCUUCAUUAAAUCUUCCUUGCCUCACAGGGCUGAGGAUCAAUCCAUGAAAGACCCACAAUAAAGGAAACAAAAUUCGCGCAGGAAAUUUAAAAUUUGGUGAGAUUCUUUUUGUCAAAGCAAACAGAUCUUUCUAGACACUUUAUUUAUGAUGUUAAUAAUUUUCAACAAUGCAAUUGUGAGGCCACCAAAUUUGUGUGGCACAUCGAAGCUUCUGGACUAGAAUGAGUGUCCUCCCUCCUCAGAGAUGUCAGUGUGAAUUUGGAGUCACUGGAUGUGGUAGUUCCUGGUUUUCACUCGAGUAACUGAGUUCAAAAUAUGGCAUUUAGGCCUUCAUUUGAAGACAUGGACACUGCCUGACCUUGAAUGCCUUAAUUUUUGGGUACCUAGCUUGAGAGUUCUUCGAGGAACUUGAUUUUCAGAGGCUAUGAGCCACUCCACACUUCUGAAAAACAGGCAUUAAAAACAAGGCAGUCAAGAUCAGAGACCCACUAGAAUAUUUAUGCCUUAAGAGCCAGUUUUUAAAAAGAUUCAGAUCCCACUGAGAACAGUGGAGAGGCCCUGCCUUUGCCCUAUUGAGAGUGGAACUGGUCAAAAAGGUAAAUUGUCUCCCAGGUAAUUCCAAUAUUUCGGCAUUUCCUGUCAUGCUGAAUCAGGAUGAAAAGUUGAAAUACUGGAAAGAUUUGCAGAAUGAAAAAAUGUGGCUAGGAAAUGUCAAAACAUUUUGGAGAAAUUCAACAGUAAUCUGCGUCCUCCUGAGCUGCACAGUGCAUCAUGGGAGUCCCAUGACUGUGGUGCAUCAUGGGAAAGGUAGUCUGGAUGGGGAGUUUAGCCAGUAAGGGGAAAUGGGGGGAAUGAAGAAACUGAACUACAGCUCUCAGUCAUGACUGCUCAGGCAGAAAUGCAAAAUUUAAUAGUGAAACAUUUAAUUUAGAUUUUUCCCAACAUAUUUUUUAAAAUAUUAACAUUUUUCCAUGAAAAAGAAAGGCUUUGAUGGAAAAUUUCUGACCAUCUCCACCUGCAAGCUGGUCCAUAGUGAUGCUUUUUGAAAAUCUAGCCUCUAAUAUGGAAGGGAAAAAAUAUGAUUAAAACUGGGAUAACUCAAACCAGCCUGUGAAAAACAUGCGCAGAAAAAUCUCUUCCAAGCUCUUAGAGAAUCAGCUGAUGAAAUAUUCAUUUUCUUGCUUCAGAAAUUCAUAGAUUCAUAGAUUCAUAGAUUAUAGGACUGGAAGGGACCUCGAGAGGUCAUCGAGUCCAGUCCCCUGCCCGCAUGGCAGGACCAAAUACUGUCUAGACCAUCCCUGAUAGACAUUUAUCUAACCUACUCUUAAAUAUCUCCAGAGACGGAGAUUCCACAACCUCCCUAGGCAAUUUGUUCCAGUGUUUAACCACCCUGACAGUU